UAUGGGCAUGAAAAACUAUAGUCUUUGUGGAUAGAGCAGAUUUAAUCAUCUAUCUCAUAUUAAAGAUAUAGAUAGUCACUCCUCAGAACUAAUUACUUUUCUAUUUACAAAUAAUUUAGACUAGGCUUUUGAAGAUGAAUCAUUUGGAAUCAGAGACGCUAGGGUUUAUUUAUGUAAAAUAUUACAUCUAUUUAGAUUGUUAGUUUGGAGAUUCACCAAUAAUCGAUAAUGUUCCCAGUUUUGUGGAGACUAAAUUAUUUAAUAAAUUGAAGAAUGCAAUGAUGGUAACUCUCUCCCUUUUGAUGGUUACCAUAUGAUGGGCUAGUUACAAAAGGCAUUGAGGAAUGCAAUGAUAAAAUGACAUUCCUUU